AUGGAUGAGUGCCUCAUCAGUCAGGACCAGGACCGCCAGGAUGUGAUGCAGAAGACGAGGGCUUGUACGAAUUGCGCGAGGUUGAAGAUGAAGUGUCAGUGGCCUAGUUCUGGCCCUGGCCGUGUAGAAAAGACGUGUUCAAGAUGCUUGAGGAUGAAGCUUGAUUGUCAGGUACCGGAAAUUACACAGCGACGAAAACGCGGCAAGUCAACACGAGUCGCUCAAUUAGAGAAGAAGAUCGAUGGCAUCGUCUCUCUCCUCUCCGCAAACCAGCGCAAAGGCCUCUCCCCUCUAACACCAGAAAGUCCCCAGGAAGUCCAAGGCCACGCUCCAUGUCAACCUCACUCUACAAACCACGACAUGAUGAACCAAAUCCCCGACGACAGCGUCCGCUUCAGCACGGAUGUUGAACUAUUUCCUGGCUUUCGCGUCUCGCAGCAAGAAGCCUCUGACCGUCUUGAUGUAUACCGCAGAGACUACGUGCCGCAUUUCCCCUUUGUUCCUGUGCCGAGCUCAAUGUGUGCUUCGGAAUUGUAUGUUGAGUCGAGAGUCAUGUUCUGGACGAUAUUGGCGGUUGUUUCACCGCUGAAUGAUAAGGUUCAGAUGGAGUUUAAGGCGUGGUUUAGGAGAUAUCUUGCUGAGCAUCUUGUUGUGAGGCAGGAGAAGUCUAUUGACAUAUUACAAGCGAUGUUGGUCUAUCUAGCAUGGAACGACUUUCACUUUUACGGAGAGCUUCAAGUUACAAACAUUAUACAGAUGGCUAUAGGUCUAGUCAUCGAUCUACGGCUUGACAAGCACGCAGGACACUUUCUGGGGGGACCAAAGACGCUGCUUGGCGAUGCAUGGACGUCAAUGAGCAAACACCCGCUUAAGAUGAAGGCUCAUCAGACAGCGGCCGAGAAACGCGCAGUUCUAGGUGUAUACCACAUCACAAAUCUACUAAGCCCGUACUUCAGAAAGAGCACCAUCUUCCACUGGAACACACAUCUGGCUUCCUGCUGCGACAACCUCGCCGAGGCACGAGAGUUUGAAUCAGACAUAUAUCUUGUCUCUCUCGUUCGAAUGCAACACUUGGCCGAUCGGGGAUUCAGUGUCAUACCGUCCAUUGAUCCCUUCGACCCAACACCUCCGACAUUCCACGCCGUAACCGCCAUGGCCCUUGACACCGUCCAUCGCGAAUUAGAGAACUACUUUAAACUACAGCCCGAAAUCGUGAAGCAAAUACUCACAGCUGGUUUCAGGGCCCACUACAACUCCAUCCUCGUCCGUCUCUACGAGCCAAUCCUCACCAUGAAGCCCUCAAGCCUACUAUCCACCGACACCUCCCCAACCGAACCCUUCCUCCGCACCGAAUAUCUCUGGAGAUGCCUCGAAGCCAUCCAAAACACCCUCGAAAACCACGUCACACUGGACCCCGAAAAGAUCUCCAUCCUCCCCGUGACAGUAUCGUGCGUCCUCGCCUUCGUAACCGUCACAGCAUCGCGCUUGAUCAUGGCCGAGAACUCUACAGACUGGGAUCCCAAAGCUGCACGUCACCGUCUUCAAUUCCAGGACAUUCUCCAGCGAUUAAGCGAUCAGUUUGCUCAAGCUGAUGAACAGGCGCAGAGGCUGAAUAGGAGACGCAGGGUCAUGGAGGAUGGGAGUAGUGUGUUUCUAAAGUCGUGCUUCAAGGUCAGAUGGAUUCGACAGUGGUAUUUGUCAAAGAUUCCAGAGGAGGAACAGCAGUUGCUCGUGCAGCAGCCGCAGACUGCGGUGGAGAGCUCAAGUGCGCUGCAGAUUAGUCCAGACUGGGCGACCAAUUUUCAGUUUGACGAUGAAUUCUGGGCGGAUUUGUUGACAGGGCUCGAUAUGGAGGCUUUUGAUAAGUCUCUUGCUACUGUUGCAGCUCAAUAG